AUGGGUAGAGGGGGAUUGAAAUCACAGUUAAAAGACCAUCAAUCUUUGAUUUCGACUAUUGAAAAGUCCAAAUCAAAGCCCGAAACUAAGAAGGCCGAUGAGCCAGAAAACAUCGUCUUAGAUUCUGUUAAGGAAAAGAAGACGAAGAAAGAGAAGAAAGCAAAGAGCACAGAUGAUAACGAUUAUCAAAGUACGACAUUGUCCAAGAAAGAACAGAGAAAGUUAAAGAAGUUGGAAGCCAAGAAGGAAGAAGAAGAAGAAGAAGAGGAGGUUGUGGACGAAGAUGAGGUUGGAGAAGAUGAUGAAGAAGACGAAGAAUUAGAUUUAGAGAAAUUAGCUGCUAGUGACAGUGAAAGUGAUAUCAACGAAGAUGAUGACGACGAAGACGAAGACGACGAAGAAGAUGACGACCAAGAAGAUGACGACGAAGAAGAUGACGAAGAAGACGACGAAGAUGAAGAUGAAGAUGAAGAACAAGAAGAUGUUCCACUUUCUGACGUUGAAUUUGAUUCUGAUGCUGAUAUUGUUCCACAUACCAAAUUAACUAUAAAUAAUAAGGCUGCUUUGAAAGAGGCAUUGUCUCGUAUUGAGUUGCCUUGGACUAAGCAUUCAUUCAUUGAGCAUCAACUGGUUGUAAGUGCUGAAUCAGUCGAGGGCCAAAUUAAGGACAUAUACGAUGACACUCAAAGAGAACUUGCAUUUUAUAAGCAAGGAUUAGAUGCUGUCAGCCAAGGUAAAGUCACUUUAUUGAAGUUGAAGGUUCCAUUCCUGAGACCUAUGGAUUAUUUCGCAGAAAUGGUUAAAUCUGAUGAACACAUGGACAAGUUGAAGGCCAAGUUACUCCAAGAAGCCGCAAAUAAGAAGGCCAGUGAAGAUGCUAAGAAGCAGCGUCUGUUGAAGAAGUUUGGUAAACAAGUGCAAGUAGCUACAAUGCAAGAAAGAGCUAAACAAAAGAGAGAUACUUUGGAAAAGAUCAAGUCUAUUAAGAAGAAGAGAGGUGCCAAUGAAUUGGACAAUGACGACGAAUUCCAAAUUGCAUUAGAAGAAGCUACCAGAGAAGAAAGACCAUCCAAGAGAAGUAAGCCAAAUGGUAAACGUUUAGCUAAACAAGCCAAGUUUGGAUUUGGAGGAAAGAAGUCAGGUAAGAGAAAGAACGAUGCUGAGUCUUCUGCUGAUAUCUCUGGGUUUUCUGCUUCUAAGAUGAAGGGUAAGAAGCCUAGACUUGGUAAGAGCAAGCGUUCUUCCAGAAGAAACUAG